CUGAAACCAUUAAAAACAAGUUCGAGCGGAUGUUAUUAAGAUGGCGUCUGAAAUGGAGACUUCAGAAAAUAUGACACAAAGCAGAACAACAAACUUUUGGCCAAGAUCAGAAAGAAAGUUACAGAAGAAGUUACGAAAUACUGGGCAGGAGUAUGUUUCAAGAUCUGGGAAAGUAAUUCCUGCCAAGAAACAACCAGACGUGUUGUGUCAAUGCCCCCAACGAUGUGGAGAAAAAGUACCCAAGGAAGUUCGUCGAAAGCUAUUUGCAGAGUUUUACAAAUUAGGCGACCAUGCACUACAGAAUGAGUUCCUUAUGGCACACAUAGAGACGAGAGCUGUGCAGCGAAGAUCUUCAGAUCAUAAAGUUCCAGGAAGGAAUCAGAGGAGAGUAAGCUGUAAAUACCACAUCCCACUUUUAACUGCGGCAGGGCCACAAGCAGACUCAGCUGCAAAUCUGCAAGGAGUUAGGACAGUGGAGGUCUGCCAGAAAGCAUUUAUGCAUGUAUAUGCUAUCACUGAAAAACGGGUUCGUCUACAACGUGAGAAACUUAUAUGUCAGCACGGCAUCACUCCUCACACCCGAUCAACAUGUCCAGCGGACACAGUCAGCCGCACACAAGGUCAAGAGCCUGUUAAUGAACCAAUUGACUUGAGACGGAAACGAGAUCCUCCAUCAAUGAUUCCAAUCUUAAUGAAAGCCCCUGACAAAGACAUUGCUCUCGUUCACAACUUCUUCCUAAACCAGCUGUGGAAACCAGAGUACAUUGGUACAGCUACUUAAUUAAUCCAGUGACACUCUUUGUGACAAAAUAACAAACGCCGAUACAUUCAUGUUGCUCAGAUGAAUUUUAUUCUGGGGGAUGGUAUACUAUUAUGUGCUACUGCGUACUAUUACGUAUUUUUAAAGACUUCCAUUAGAGAAAAAGAUUUAGAAUGAUAGAUAAUUAAAAACUAUUUUGUGGUGAUGCCUCAAAUUUAUAUUACAUUUUUUGCUAUUUAUUUAUUUUCUCAAUACUGUUUACAGUACUAAUUUAAUUUUGUACUAAGAAAUCCCAAAGUCAAUACCAAAGGCAGCAACAGAGUUGAUAAGACGCAGCAAUGUUUCUGGUUAUUACUUAAUCCUUUGAUAUUGUAUGACCAUGUCACUUAGCAGGCCUUUUUUCAUUUUCAUAAACAGA